AUGCGUACGCAUCCUACGUUUUACGUUGGUCAUAUACGCGCGUACUAUCAGUACGAGACCGUUUCGAGAUGCGAAGAACACCUCCAAGGUCGAGAGUUGAGACCACCUUCGAGUGGUCCCGUUUCAACGAGCCAGUCUGGUCGACUAGCGAAGCGACCUGUUCAUGCAGCUCAGCGAUGUCUCGACGAGAUGCAGUCAGCUCAUGACGAAGAGAACGAGUCGAAUGUUCAUUCUCAAGUAGCGCGAACGCAAAAGCAGUACAGUCGUCCGAACAAUCGUGCGUUAGGAAAUUAUAAUUAUACCUUACAAGAUCCUCAAGCCCACAACGUCGAGUUCGUUCGUGAGCCACGUCAUCUUGCAACUGAUCCGUUAGACGGUUCAGUUCCUGAACAUCAAGCUGAUCCAAUCCUCGAGCCGGAUCAGGUGUUCCCACCGCCACCACAUCCUUUGGUGGACUCAAGCGGUGUUCAACGCUUCCUAGUGGAGCGUAUUUUGAACCACCGCGAUGUGAAUGGCGUCCGGACAAGUUACCUCGUCCGCUGGCGUGGCUAUCCUCCGGCGUGGGACAGCUGGGAGCAUCGUGCCCAGCUGAUUGUUGAUGUCCUUGGUCUCGUCAAGCAGUACGACGAGACCCACCCGCUGCGUUUGAAGAAGGGUGUCGGAAAAUGA